GACGAUAGGCCUUUAUAAACGGACUAAUGCUGGGUGAUUUGUUCCUGUGGUUGUUGAUGCCGAGGAAAGACGCCGGGCCCCAGACUCACCUAAACUGGAGUUCGAAUACUGUUCGCUCGCUGUGUGACCUUGGAAAAAAUAACAAGCUUUUCUGAAGUGAGAACCUGUUCUCAGCCACGAGUCCUGUUCAAGAUCCCUAAUGAUUACUUGGCAUUUCUGCGACACAGGCAGGUCCUCAGGGUUUGUGCAGGUUUGCAAACAUGUUCACCCUGUCUCAGACCUCGAGAGCAUGGUUCAUCGAUAGAGCCCGUCAGGCACGAGAAGAAAGGCUUGUGCAGAAGGAGCGGGAGCGGGCAGCUGUCGUGAUCCAGGCCCACGUCCGGAGUUUUCUCUGUCGGAGUCGACUGCAGAGAGAUAUCAGGAGAGAGAUUGAUGACUUUUUUAAAGCAGAUGACCCUGGGUCCACUAAAAGAAGUGCACUUUGUAUUUUUAAGAUUGCCAGGAAACUGCUAUUCGUAUUCAGAAUCAAAGAGGAUAACGAGAGAUUUGAGAAGUUGUGUCGCAGCAUCCUGAGCAGCAUGGAUGCUGAGAAUGAGCCGAAGGUGUGGUAUGUGUCCCUGGCUUGUUCUAAGGACCUCACGCUCCUUUGGAUUAAACAGAUCAAGAGCAUUCUGUGGUACUGCUGUGAUUUUCUCAAGCAGCUCAAGCCUGAAAUCCUGCAAGACUCCCGACUCAUCACCCUGUACCUCACGAUGCUUGUCACCUUCACAGACACUUCAACGUGGAAAAUUCUUCGGGGAAAAGGUGAAAGUCUUCGACCAGCGAUGAACCACAUUUGUGCAAAUAUAAUGGGACAUCUCAACCAGCAUGGAUUUUAUUCUGUGCUGCAGGUAUUAUUAACCCGUGGCCUGGCAAGACCCCGUCCUUGUCUAUCCAAAGGCACUUUAACAGCAGCCUUUUCUCUAGCAUUGCGCCCUGUGAUUGCUGCACAGUUCUCAGACAAUCUGAUUCGGCCAUUCCUCAUCCACAUCAUGUCUGUGCCUGCUCUGGUGACUCAUCUCAGCACAGUGACCCCUGAGCGCCUCACUGUUUUAGAAUCCCAUGACAUGCUUCGUAAAUUCAUCAUGUUUUUAAGAGACGAAGAUCGAUGCCGUGAUGUAUGUGAAAGUUUAGAAGGAUGCCAUACGCUUUGUCUAAUGAGCAACCUCCUACACUUGGGCUCCCUCAGCCCCAAAGUGUUAGAGGAGGAGACAGAUGGGUUCGUGAGUUUGCUCACCCAGAUGCUGUGCUACUGUCAGAAGUACGUGUCCCAGAAGAAGUCUAACCUGACCCACUGGCAUCCUGUCCUUGGCUGGUUCUCCCAAUCUGUGGAUUAUGGCCUUAAUGAGUCAAUGCACUUGAUCACCAAACAGCUGCAGUUCCUGUGGGGGGUGCCUCUGAUCCGGAUCUUCUUCUGUGACAUCCUGAGUAAGAAGCUGCUAGAGAGCCAGGAGCCAGCCCACGUGCAGCCAGCAUCCCCCCAGAAUGUGCUCCCAGUGAAGAGUCUCCUAAAGCGUGCUUUUCAAAAAUCGGCAUCAGUCCGGAAUAUUCUCAGGCCUGUUGGGGGUAAACGGGUCGACUCUGCAGAAGUCCAAAAGGUUUGCAACAUCUGUGUCCUCUACCAGACCUCGCUGACAACUCUCACACAGAUCCGGCUGCAGAUACUCACAGGUCUCACUUACCUUGAUGACCUGCUGCCCAAACUGUGGGCAUUUAUCUGUGAGCUCGGGCCCCACGGAGGGUUAAAGCUCUUUUUGGAAUGCCUGAACAACGACACUGAAGAGUCCAAGCAACUCUUGGCCAUGCUGAUGCUGUUCUGUGACUGUUCGCGGCACCUCAUCACAAUCCUUGAUGACAUUGAAGUUUAUGAAGAACAGAUUUCAUUCAAACUGGAAGAGCUGGUCACCAUCUCCUCUUUUCUGAAUUCCUUUGUGUUUAAGAUGAUCUGGGAUGGAAUCGUAGAGAACGCCAAGGGCGAGACCUUGGAGCUGUUCCAGUCUGUCCACGGGUGGCUGAUGGUGCUGUAUGAGCGGGACUGCCGGCGGCGCUUCGCCCCCGAGGACCACUGGCUGCGAAAGGAUCUCAAACCUAGCGUGCUCUUCCAAGAACUCGACAGGGACAGAAAACGGGCACAGUUGAUCCUGCAGUACAUCCCACAUGUCAUUCCUCACAAAAACAGAGUUCUCCUGUUUCGAACCAUGGUUACCAAGGAGAAGGAGAAACUGGGGCUGGUGGAAACCAGCUCUGCCUCCCCGCAUGUCACUCACAUCACCAUCCGUCGGUCCAGGAUGCUGGAGGAUGGCUAUGAGCAGCUGCGGCAGCUCUCCCAGCACGCCAUGAAGGGAGUCAUCCGUGUGAAGUUUGUCAAUGACCUCGGGGUGGACGAAGCAGGGAUUGAUCAAGACGGUGUUUUUAAGGAGUUCUUGGAAGAGAUCAUCAAGAGAGUGUUUGACCCGGCACUCAAUCUGUUCAAGACAACCAGUGGGGAUGAGAGGCUGUACCCCUCACCCACAUCCUAUAUCCACGAGAAUUACCUGCAGCUCUUCGAGUUUGUGGGGAAGAUGCUGGGGAAGGCUGUGUAUGAGGGAAUUGUGGUGGACGUGCCAUUCGCAUCCUUCUUCCUGAGCCAGCUGCUCGGGCACCACCACAGCGUCUUCUAUAGCUCAGUGGAUGAACUACCUUCUCUGGACUCCGAGUUCUAUAAAAACCUCACCUCCAUCAAGCGCUAUGACGGGGACAUCGCUGACCUGGGCCUGACACUGUCUUACGACGAGGACGUCAUGGGUCAGCUUGUUUGCCAUGAACUGAUUCCUGGAGGGAAGACCAUUCCUGUUACAAAUGAAAAUAAAAUUAGCUAUAUCCAUCUGAUGGCACAUUUUCGAAUGCACACUCAAAUAAAAAACCAGACAGCUGCCCUCAUUAGCGGAUUCCGUUCCAUUAUCAAACCCGAGUGGAUCCGAAUGUUCUCAGCUCCUGAACUGCAGCGUCUCAUCUCUGGCGACAAUGCUGAGAUUGAUCUGGAAGAUUUAAAGAAGCACACAGUCUACUACGGUGGUUUCCACGGAAGUCACAGAGUCAUCAUCUGGCUCUGGGAUAUUCUGGCCUCAGACUUCACGCCGGAUGAGAGAGCUAUGUUUCUGAAGAAGUAAACGACCCUCUGCUUGGAACCUUACCUUAGGAAAAUACAGAUAAGCAAAAUUUUAAACAAUUGCUGCUCCUCUAGUAUAGAAUUGUCAACUCUCUACACUCCUACUCACUGGGGACUAUCUCUCUAUUUUCUCAGUAGCGUAAGACACAUAUAUACAUCCACAGUGUCCCAAUAAAACACACACAAUUGCUUAGGCUGGUAUCAAGAUGUAUUUUUGCAAAUAAAGUGGCUGACGUUAACUGGUUCCCUGUAAUGGUGUCUGUAAAAGUUAUAAAUGUUCAAAAUACUCCCCUAAUGCCACUGCAUUGUUUUUUGUUACAUCGGCAGCAUGUAAGUAUUUUCUAGGAUGCUGGAUAGCACGCACACUUCUCUGUGUAUGUGUUAUAUGUGUGUAUAUUUCUCUAAAAAUGGGAUCCUAUCAUUUCCCCACCAGCCUUCCUCCUUGACAGAAUAUCAGUGAACAUCUUGCCAUGUUCUGGGGGUAAAUUUAAUGCCUUGAAAUGUUUUCUUUUGGAGGUUUGGGCUUGAACAAUCUCAUGUGGCCUCAUCUGUUGAGGCAACCUGGACAGUGUCACUGGCAAUUAAAAUGACAGCUGGUUUCCUCUCUCCUGGGUGGUCAUUCUGAGGAGAGUUUAUUCCUGUUGAGGAGGCCCUCAUUCAGUCCAGCAGAUAACACAGAUGCCCCACAUCCCCACAGGUCCCCAGGGAUUUAGGGCAGGCAGGCAGACAGAAUUCCAGAAGUUGAUUCUGGGAGAAUCAGUUCCGUUUUCCCAGAAGGGCCUCAUGGGCAAAGCAGUUUCUGCCGAGCUAUAAAACGGCUCACCCUGGCCCCUCCUACAGAGAGCAACCCAGUGUCUCAUCACUGUGCAGGUGCCGCCCCACAAAACAGGUGUGUUUGUGUCUUUGGAUAACCUGUCACCAAACCUACAGUUCCUUACCAUGUGCCUGCCUUUUUGUGCAACUGCAGACAGGCUCCAGAGCCAAGCAGAAUAAAUGUAACCCCUGCCCAGGAGUGGAUGUGACCACGACCACGCUUCUGUUAAAUGUAAAGCAAGCAGAUCAUCCAGGGGUUUCCUGUGUCCUCCGUUCCUCCCCUCUCCCAGGAGCGGGGAAGCUUCCCUCCCUCCUUUGACCCACCUGAAUUUGUAGCGGGCAGACCUGAGCCGGCCUAAAUUGGGAUGUACAGAUACUUCUGUGUCUGUCCCCUCAUUCUUACAACAGGACUAACCACAGCCCCGACACACAGCAUCCGUAGAGUGAUUGGAUGAGGUUGCAUUCAGGGAAUGCUCGGCGCAGUGUGGAAGCACAAAAAUGCUUCCUGCAUUGAUGCUGCUAUGGUUUUUUAUAAAUAAAACAUAUUGGAAUAGGAAUAGAUCUUGUUAAUACUCUUUUUAAAACUUCUUUUGGUGCCUGACACACAUAAACUGUCUUUCGAUGGUCUCGGGAAUCUCACAACCAUUUAUAACAAGACCCAAACCCUCAACUUGCCCCUGAGUUUUGGAGGACAGCUUGAUGAUGUAAGUGACAAGCCCCUGUAUCCCCUAGAGAAGGGAGAACAUUCUUGGCUACGGUUGAGUUAAAGUGAAUGGUUUCUUGGGACACUUUUCUGUGCAAGUUUAUCACUUAGAUUUCCAGGCUGGUCAGAUGCCUCUCUCCAGGCAUGAGCUAGCACAUUUAGGGGAAUAACGCAGGGGCUGCCACUUGCAGAAUGCUGGGAGUUCCCAGGGGGUAGCAGGGAAGUGUGGCUGGCUGCCCACAGGCCCCACUUGGGCUGCCAGCACCUCGGCCUGCUCUGGGGCCUCAUUUUUGUCAGUGUGCUGCGAGGUUAUUAGUCUCUUGCAAAGGGUCCCCUGGGCCCCAGCACAUAGACCACUCUGAAAAUCAGUAGGCCUAGGGCUCAGGUGACUGCACCUGUGCAAUCUCCUCUGCAUGACUAAGGGGCCGACAGGAUGCCAAGUGCAAGGCCAGCAAGUGGGAGUCUCCCUGGCUCCUUCUGUUCAUGCCACGCGCAGCGGGUGUCACCAGCCUCCACCUCACCCUCACCGUCUCCCAUGCUCUCGUCACAUGAUCUCUCUGUGGGAGGGUGUCAGCCGCUUCUCUGUUCCUCUAACAAUCCCACAGGAGACCUGCCUCCUGGGGACACCUCACCAGUGCCCUGGCUGGGCAUUUGUGCUCUUCCUACUCUGCAGUCACAUAUGCUCUCAGAAGUGGCCAGUCGCAUCUGUUGGGUAUGGGUUUCAUGUGUCUUAGUCCCCGAGAGCAGCACGCUUGAGAGAGAUGUAUGGCGUGUGCCAGUUUUUGGGCCAGAUCCACCCCGCCACCCCAUACGGCUGGCUAGACAGCAGUUACAGCACGGUAACAGACAGAGCAAAUGCAUGCUGCACAGCUGCAAGGGCCCGUCCUGGAAGAGCAGGAGCCUGCCCCGUCCCCACUAACCCUGCUUUGUGUUGCAGUUCGUGACCAGCUGCUCCAGGCCCCCACUCCUGGGAUUCGCCUACCUCAAGCCUCCCUUCUCCAUCCGCUGUGUGGAGGUGUCAGAUGAUCAGGUACCCCCCACGGGGUGGGUGGGGAAGAGCUGGCCUUGGGCAGUGUUCCUUGACUUCCCUCUUGGUGGUUGUCUGCUGUGCCCACCAUGUGGGGCCCUUACCUAGUCCACAUCUCAGCAAGGCAGGCAGCUGGACCCCUAAGAGCCAAGUGAGGAGGGCCCCACAGUUCUCACGGCAGGAGAACCAGCCAGCCCCAGAGAGACUACCCACGGACUCAGCCCUCUCUCGGCAGCCUCUUUCUCUUUCCUUCCUCAGGGAAGAGUACCUGGAGUGGGGGUGGGUACAUGCUGUUUUUAGUGGCGUCUGGCCUCACCAGGGCUCCUGAUCUGAGGCAGCAUGGGAGAAGGUGAGUGGGCUCAGGAGGCGGACAGGCGCAAGCUCGAAUGCCACUCCCACCCCAGCAGACUCUGCACGUCUAGGCACGCUGCUUCAUUUCCUCACUGGCCUAAGGAGAAGGAAUGCCAUCAGGGUUACCAAGCUCUGUGUGUCCCGAGCCUGGCCCACUCUGGGUGCUCAAAUGACAGUCCUACUCCCCAUAAAAACCGAGUGGCCGCCUCUGGGUGAAGCUGCCUCUCAUGAUGCAGUUUGAGCCCCUGAUGCCACCUUGUACAGGGAGCUACACAGUCCUUGGCCUCCAUGCUGAAGGGAAAGUUGGCCCAAGUCAUGGUCUGCCACUGGCCACAGCACCGGUGAGGAGAGAGGAAGUGCAUUCAGAAAUGUUUGGGCACCUAACAGAGUUUUCACAGCAUUCUACUCUUUGACAAUUGGUUAACCGAUAAUGAGCUGUGAACUGGAAGGCCCCAUUUCCAAAAGCUUACUUAAUGCAGGAACUCUCUGUGCAGGCCCCAGGUAGCAGGGGUUGCUUCUCUGGAAGCCAGUCGUCCUGAGUCUGGGGCUUGACCUCGGGUAGUGGUGCCAGGGCAGUGCCCCGUACUCUGCCCAGCAUCCAGGGACUGGCCAGACCCCCUCCCUGGGCUCCCCGGCCUUGGCAUCUGCCUGGGCUCCCAAACUAGGCCCUUCCCAAUCCAAGGCCAUGAUGUGUGCCAUCAGGACACCGGGGACACCCUGGGUAGCGUCCUCCGGGGCUUCUUCACCAUCCGCAAGCGGGAGCCAGGCGGCCGCCUGCCCACCUCCUCCACCUGCUUCAACCUGCUCAAGCUGCCCAACUACAGCAAGAAGAGCGUCCUCCGUGAGAAGCUGCGCUACGCCAUCAGCAUGAACACGGGCUUUGAACUCUCCUAGCUCCAGCCCUGGCCCUGCCUCCAGGGCUCCUGGGCUGCCAAGGACCUUCAGUUCCCAGAGGCAGUGUGGCCCCUGGGAAUGUGACCAACAUGCCAGGUGAUGUUGGCCCCUAGACCCUCUCAAUAGCCAUGAGACUCCCUUAUGGCCGCAAGAACUUUAGAUGCCCACAACAGCACUACACAGCAUAUCCAGGUGAUGCCCAAGGCACAGGGCUGCAGAAAAUAAACCUCCAGAUUUCCACCGACACGGGUCCAUUCUUCCUGGUGAUGGCAGAGGGGCUUCUUUUAGCUAGUUUGAUCUUUCUGGGAGUCUGUCUUUCCUUAGCCCUCUCAGUGAGCUGUGUAUGAACACGUCCCAGGAAUUCCAAGAGUCUAGAGUGGUUUUCGCAGCAUGGGUCUGAGUGUACAAAGCCUACUGCGCGUGAGAUCCUCUCCUUCCGUUUCUGAAAUCUCUUACUCAGGUAAGGCCUCGCCAAGCCUCUAUGCACCCAACAAAGUUUCUGCCUCCAUGCCGUCCACAGCACCUCUUCCCAGACAACCAGGCCCAUCUGCUGCCCAGGGAGGCACAGGCGCCUGCUAGGGACGCUAUGGAGCACCGUGAGUCCAAGGCGCUGUUCCUGCCUUGAAGCCACGCACUCCACAGCACGACCCUCCCACUUCCUGCGUCCUCAGCGGGCUGAGCUGCCAGGGAGCCUUGCCGGACCUGUUCCCGUCCUAUGCAUUCACAUUGGCAUUCUGGUUAGGGAGAAGAAAAACAUUGGUCCUUAGCAGCAGCCCGGUAUCCAGAAUGUGCUGGCUGUUACGCAUAGCCUGCUUGUCCCACGGAGGACAGCUGCCUUUGACCCUGCUUGUUUGCCUCGCUGGUUAUCUGAUGAAGAACAAACAUGAACCUAAGGUACCCAUCCUGUCUGGGCGGUGGCUUCACUCCAGAGACUGCAAAAUCCCAAGAAACUUGGUCUUGCUGCCCAUCCUUCCUCAGCACAGGGAACCCAGAAGCCCGUUGCACUGACAAAGGCUCACACCCUCUGGGUUUGUUUGUUUUUUUUUUUAACUUCAUUUCUCUUCCAACCCAUUGUGUUCCUCUGCCCUCAUUAUUUACUUUUGUUGUAAGAACUUUAGCUCCAGGGAACUGAGGCAGAGGCCCUGUUUGUGGUCCGUGUUGACAGCCACCCACCCUCUCCCACCUCAUGCUCCUGCACCUGCACCACCAAGAUUGAUGCCAGAUUCGAAACCAGGAAGGCCCAGUCCCUCCUGCUCUCCUCAAAGCCGCAAAACAUUUUCCAACAAGAGCUGUCACGGUGACAGCAAAGCAGGGGCCACUCGUCUUCACAGUCCUUCAGAGAGUUUCAGCUGCAUCCUGGUGUCCCACCCAGGUCAGAGCCCCUGGGCUUCUGAAAAACAGUGUGUGCUCUACUUUGAUGGAAACAUGGCAAGGAAUUUAAAGACAGGAAUGUAUUAGUAUUAUUUAAGGUGUGUUAGUAACCUCUGAUUCUGUGGACUUGCCAUUUUCUUCAAACGCUCGGUUCCUUUGAGGAUUUCUUCUGAACGUGUGCGCACACGCUGGGCAGGUUUGUGCAUACAUGCGGGGACCCCAGACUGUCAACCUGCACAGGGAAGAUGGAUCCCAUCCUGAUUUUUAUUACCUGAAGGUUGGAGCCAGUGAGGGACUGGGAGAGAGUGAUUUAUAAGCACCAAUAUCAACUUCAUGUGGAUUUUUGACAAGGAGGGGUAGUUUGUAAUUUCAUUUAAUUCUUUUCAGCAGCUAGAAAUAUUGCACUAUCUGAAACACUGAAUCUCCUUUUGUAACUGGUGUUCACUGACACCUUGAUGGCUCUUGAUGCCUCUAAAAAGUUGUAGGAUUUUUUGUUUUUGUAGCUAACUUAUGGAUUGAGAUGUGAUCAGACGCUUUAUUAAAUUUGUACUUCAGCAUA